UCCCCUUCUGGCCACCCUCCUCUUUAUCCUUGAUUCCUUUUGCCGUUUGCUUCAUUUCCCUCCAAUCAGACCUAGUCUCUAGUCUCCUUUUGCUGCUCCGCCUCGCAAACAGCAGUUCGCUUCCUAACGAAGGUCUUCCCCUCCCACCGUUUCCCGCUACCUACCCUCGGCAGCUGCCGUUCUCUGAGCCCCUUUAGUCUCCAUCCUACAAGCACCGCUCGCCCUCACGCCCAAGUUAGUUUCGACAGUCGAGAGAAUGAGCAACGACCGUCCCGCCAAGCCCAGGGGGCUGCGCAAGCUCCUAUUCGGGGACCGCGGGAUCAACAUCCGGUCGCCCGCGCCUGGCCGCUAUUCCUCAGCUGUGUGCGGGUAUUGGACGGGCCUCGAAGCGUCCAACCCCAAGACCAUCCCAGAUGAGGCCGACCCUUACACCCAGGCCUUGAAGCAACUAUCGGCGAGCCAUAGCCCCGCGCUCGACGACCUCCCGCUGCGUCGCCCAGUUGCCACCGGCGCUUCCAGUCCGACACAGUCCGGCGGGAUGCCGGAGCAAGUUGCCCAAAUCAGCCCUGCGGAAGACACGACCCACCAGGGCUCGGACGGCAGACCCCAAAUAACAGGCCGAAGGUACCACAGACUGGCGGACGGCGGCGUAUAUGUCGAGUUUGUGGACGUGUCGGCCCACGAACAUCACGGCCACGCCCCUACAAACAAGGUCCAGCCGGCCUCCGGAAUCCCCCCCUUUAACACAAUAUCCAGCACGAACCACGCUCAAGGGUCUGGAACCUUGGGAGCCCCCGACCACGCCGCAACGGAAGGAUCGCGACCAUCCACACCGCCCAUACCUCCAAUCAGUCCAGCCCGUCGCAAUGCCGUGCACAACCUCCAGCAGGCUUCAGUUGCUGCUGCCACUGCGCCGAUUGGCCUAGCACAGGAGGUACGCGAGGCUUAUGGGAGCAGGUGGACUCACCCCUGGCGCAUCUCAGCGCCGGCGGACCCGCACGGCGGCGGUGGCGCGCCGGAGCUCCGCAAAGGCGAAUCCAGCAACAGCAUGCGCGACGAUGAAGUCACCCGUGGCUCCCGAGCUUCUAGGACCUCGUCCGAGGUAGCUCGCCGCUAGGAGCGGCUACCCGAGAACGUGACAGUUGG